AUGGGUGAAAGCUUGUCGUCGUUGCUUGUUCUAGCUUUACCAUCGAACAGGUUUCAUGGGACCAUCCCAACAAGCUUAUGCAAACUCAAAAAGAUUCAAAUUUUGGACCUCUCGGUUAACAAUAUUUUGGGAAACAUACCAAAGUGUCUCGACAACUUCUCGGAGAUGACUAUGAGGGAGAAAGGGACUCCGGAUGCAAGUAUCGAGUACAAUGCAAUCGGGUUGGAACGAACCCGGCUAGUUUCACGAUCCAGGUAUGUGUUUAAAGUAUUACUACAAUGGAAAGGAAGGCAAUCAGAGUACCAAAAGACAUUGGGUCUUGUGCUCAGCCUUGAUCUUUCUAGCAAUAGCCUAACCGGUGAAAUCCCAGAUCAAAUCGCGGCUCUCGUUGCCUUGAAUCUAUCAAGAAACAGCCUAACGGGACGUAUUCCUGAACACGCUGGUCACCUGAAACGGUUGGAUUUUCUUGAUCUAUCGAGAAAUAAUCUAGUCGGUGGAAUCCCAUCAAGCCUUUCGCAGUUGACCAAUCUCGGAGUGUUGGAUUUAUCCUUCAACGACUUGUCAGGAAGAAUCCCAAAGGGAAUCCUGCGCUUUGUGGGUCUCCAUUACCGAACGGAUGCCCUGGUGACGGGCCUCGAGCAGGAAGACAAGAAGAUGUUGCAGAAGAAGAAGUUAAUGAAGAGUUGA